GUAGGCGGUGCGACGUCAUGUUCGCGGGAGAAGAAGCACGUUGCCUUUACGUUGUGCAGUAGCUGCAGAUAAGUCCUACUUACACUAAAAUCAAUAACUGCUGUGAUUUGAAGGCAGAUUGUUAUGGCUGAUAUUUUAGGAGUCGUUUUCAGACGGUUCGCAUCAGGAACUGUAACGAGUGAUGUAAUAUUUCCCCCUGACGCAGAAGCAAACACACUGGUGCUUGGGGAUGUGAAUAUCAGUAGAUCUGUGUUAUUUCUAGCAGCUGUGACAGCUGCCACAGAUCUGGGGCUCAAAGUGCUGUUUUUCACACAGACCCCUUUUCAGUCUCUGCCGGUGUCGUUGAGAGCUUCAGUACCUGGAUUAAAACUAGAAAGUCUGAAGAAUGUCAAGUUAGUGUAUGUGAAGACUUUGGAGGAGCUUGUUGAAGAUAUAGCGUCCCUCCAUGAGCUGGCGUCUCCUCCCUCUCUGAUUAUCGUGGACGGUCUGGAUCAUUAUUUGCACAGGUCUCGAGUUAGACCGCUACAGGACGACCUGAGCCCCGUGGCCCACGUGGCGGCCCUCCUGCACGACACCGCUGCUUUUCUCUCCCAGAUCCUGCAGAACAGAGCAGACGGCCAGGGCCUGUGCAGAGUCAUGGUCUCCUUUCAGUCUGAAUGUGAAGGCAGUCGGGACAGUGAAGCGCUGGCACCUGAGCUUCUCCUCUGUGUGCUGGACCGUUACCUGCAGGUGAGGUGCACGCUAGAGGAGAAGUGAAGCGUGAUGGAGUGGCGGGGGGAUCUGUCAGUCAUGUGUCCUUCGCUGGUACAGCAGUGGCACAUGGUGCUGCUGGCAGGAGGUGCUCUGGAGUUCAGGCAGGUCUUCGGGGGAGAACAGCAGAUUCUGGACCAGCCAGAGAAAACAAACAGGAAAAUGAGAGAUGUGGAGACAACUAAUAAAAGUUCAUAUUACAAUACAACCUAUUUUGAUUGGUCAGUUUUGACAAGCCAUACCCAAUCAGAAAUUUUAAUGUUUAUUUGCGAUAUUGACAAAGGAACGUAAACUGUUCUUGACUAAAUACAGAUAGUCAACCAUACUUGUAGAAUUUAUAUAGCAUUGACAAUGUAAAAAACUAUAAUUUAAUGUGAAUUUAAAUAAUAUUUUGGUGACAUCUAAAUAGAUUGAA